AUGAGCGCAAUCUCGGCUCGCAUUGCCAAUCUGAACACUGCGUUGGGCCGUGCCCAGAACCAGAUCGGUGCUGCGAAUGCCAACGCGGUAGCCAGGGUUGCAGCUCUCUCGAAGUUCGAGAGCAAGGAGAGUGGUCCUGACAUUUGUCAGUGGUUGCACGUGAUUGAGGAGUAUCUCAAUGCUACUCCCAAUGCAGAGUAUCUGCGUAUUGUGUCUUCCUACCUUGAUGGGAAGCGGAGGUCCUAUUGGAUAUCGGCUUGGGAGGCAUGGCAGGCAGCCGACCCUGGAGCGUAUCUUGGGAGUGCAGUCCCUGGUUCGUUUGUUGGAAACGCUCGCCAUAUUGCACGUGACUGCGAGGAGGGUCCUCCCAAGGCGGGCGCGGGCAAAGGCAAAGGCCAGAAGAAGGGCAACAAGAAGUCGGAGAAGGGUUUCCAAAAAGACCAGCCAACGCAUGACAGUUGUCUAGUCAGGAGAACUCUGUAUUGGAUCUGA